AUGAACAUUCCGCACCCGGAUCAGCCUCGUUGGAUAUCUCCAAAUCCCAUGCAAAAACAACCCGGCAACCCCACCUGCCGCCUUUGCAAAAGCUGCCACGUCGUCCCUGUAGCAACCUGCACGGCCUUCACGAUGGAGAUCACCACCACCACCACCACCACCACCAUCACCACCACCACCACCACCACCACCACCACCACCACCACCACCACCGGCAGCAGCAGAAUCAUCAUAAUCGUCAUCAGUGAUCACACACCUGGCGUUCAGCCUCAAUCGACCACCACCACCUCCGUCAUAUCUGCCAUAAACGCCUUGACGACGGCGUCAACUACCACCUCUUCCACUCCUCCCACAGGUGUGAACACCUCUGAUGCCCUGUCAACUACUACUGUCACCAUCGCCGCCCUCGCCACCAGCAUUGUGGACUCGAUAUCAACCUGUCCUCAUUGCGACUGCACUUUCACAUCACGCACCGGCCUGGUCGGUCACUUGCGAAUUCAUUGCACGGGGACUGGCGAACCAGUGUCAAGUGCACUUACAUAA